UAAACAUUUUUCUAUCAAGUAAAUAAGAGGAGCAAUUUUAGUACUUUGUAAUACGAAUUCAAUGAAGCAAGCCCACCCCACAGGCAUCCGCUUUCUCAGCUUGUUGGAUACCAUAGGUUGUAGUAAUUUGCCUAACUUAAGCGUUUUUGUUUUCAAUCAAUUACCUGAAAAUGGCUUCAGAACCGUUUUUUAAAAGGGUAUUUUCUGCCUUCAAGAGAAAUGAAACAAACCAAUAUAAUAUUCAGAUUUAUCAAAAGGGAGCUUUGGGAAGACGAUCCCUUUCCCAAACGACAACCAUUUUUCACGAAACAUGUGCUUAUGGUAUGUUACUUUUUUCUAUGGUUAUUGUGCUUAUCUUAUCGGGCAUCCUUAUGCUCAACCCCGGAUGCCCUCAUUGCUUGAAUGCGCGAGGUCAGGUUAUCGGAAUGACGACAACGGCACAGAAGGCAUUUUGGGACGCAAAAGAGCACUGGAUGGCAUUGUCGCGGAGGAAGCUAUUGUGGCAGGAUCCUGGGGAAAAUACCAAAUCUCGCGCACAGCCGUUGCGUCAGUGACUUAUUCCGGUAUCCGUAUUUUGGUGUACAAAAAACUAUUGCAAAACGACGGGGAGUAUUAUUUCGCCCCGGCUCUAUUUAUAAACGCGUCCUCAACAACGAUGGCUCCAAACAGAUUUGAUAGAAGAUUUGAAGUGCGCUUUGACGUAAUCAUGUACUCUGACCGGAUGGUCGCUCAUAUACGCAGAGAACUCCAAUCACAAUUAAAUCUUAUUGUAAAUGAGGUUCGAGUUAUUCCGGUGGAGGAAAUGCGAAUUCUUCCAAAUACAGGUAUGGACUCCAAUAUCGAAAUCGACAGUAUGUGGAAAAGUUAUGCCACCCAACCGGCUACUAUCAGCUUCCGAGCGCUUUGCACGUCGAUGACGAUUUGCGAGCAACUCGCUCACAAUAUUCGUGAAUAUCCAACUGACUUUGUUGCGAACGUUGAAGUGCAGUAUACCAUGCAGUCACAGAAGAGCGCAGCGAGGCGACUGCGGGUUACUGUGGAAAACAUCCAUAAUUCCCAGAUGUUUACUGAACUCAAUCAGCGGUUCAAAAACCAAGAUUAUGCCUAUCUCGGGGCAAGUGAUGCGAAGCAAAUUAAAAUGGAAGUUAUGGGGAACGUCAUGGCAGCGGAGGUUUCCGAUGCAGAAUUCCUAACAAAGGAGAACAUGCCCACAAUCGUUACGCUGAUUGACCAAGCGCUCAACUUUCAGCAGGUGGAGACGAAUAAAUUUCAGCCACAGAUGUGGAACUCGGUAUUCUGGAGCGAUGAAAACGGCCGUCCGGAUCGCGUGGCGCGUGAACUGCAAGACCAAUAUGACCAAAUGUCAACUGAAAAAAAAGAAGCUUGGGCGAAGAGUCAGGCAGACUCUACAAGCAAAGAAGAGUGCGGCAAUGCAAAGGUUGGCGUACCGGAUAAGGGCUCUAUCUCCGUUGAACACUGCGAAGGAUCCAAAACUGCCACAGCGAGCGCCAAUGAAGAAACUAAUGAGUCAUUGAACGCCCGUGUUAAUAAGAACAAAGUCAUAGUUAUAGGAGAUAAAAUCAUCCCAAAAUCGAUGGACUUGAAGCGCGCCAAUCUAGCUGAAUUGCGGCAAAAAUCUACCAUCGAAUCCACCCAGGUCAGAAUAUCAUCGGUACAAGGCGUGCUGAAAUCUAAUCUCAAUGUCGGUCACAAGACGGACUUACGAGAAGUUUUCUUCAUACGUGCAAAAAACCCUUUGUCAGGAUUCACCAAGAGCAGCGCGGAAAUAAUUUGCCGGGAUUAUUACAAUGCACUGUUGGCAACUUUGCGACAGCUGAAAAUAGCCUGGGCACAUGGUGCAAGUUGGUGUCACCUGGGGCAUGUUCAGGAGCACAUUGCUUAUCCCGGUCGCGCAUGUUUCAGAAAAGCGUCAGCAUCGAGCACAUAUCAGGCGUUCUGUGAUUCUCCCCUGGAUAUGGAGCUGCCCGGCAUAGUCAUUGUUGAUCCCGCAGGCAAUUCAACCGAUGUAAAAACAGGUUUCAACUGUUUCGGUGUGAAGCCUCAUAAACUAUACACUCCGACUAUCGGGACCGAUGUUUUACUUACGGCAUGGUUCAGUACCGGCAACUACAGUCAGUAUUUCUGAAAUAAAAACCACGGCUGAUACGGCAUCAGUAUGGAGAUCUUUUUACUCCUUCAAACCGAAAUUUGACCUUAAAGUACAUUUCAUUUUUUAAAUUAUUUUGUUAGUUUACAGUCAAUUGACAACACGAAAUCCAUGGGAGUUUAUCAAUAAUACAU